AUGGUGGCGAAAUGGCAGCAAGGGGAUUUUGGUUAUUGUCCUAGAGUUUACUGUGAAAGUCAACCAUGUUUACCAGUCGGUUUAUCAGACGUUCCGGGUGAAGCUAUGGUUAAGAUAUAUUGUCCUAGAUGUCAAGAUACCUAUACACCGAAAUCUACUCGUCAUCAUCAUACAGAUGGAGCGUAUUUCGGUACUGGCUUUCCGCAUAUGUUGUUUUUAGUUCAUCCAGAGUACAGACCAAAACGAGCUAGUAAACAGUUUACUGCAAGGUUAUUUGGCUUUAAAAUACAUCCUUUGGCUUAUCAACUACAAUAUCAAGCUGCGGCUAAUUAUGUUAUGCCUGUACGCCCUGGUUUUUCAAAACGUGCAUAA